GUACAAAGAUGGCUGCCACAUCGGCGCUGUCAUUUUGGUACAGAGCCGAGCGAAGCGCUUAGUUAGAGCCGAUCCAGGCCAGAGCCUUUUUCUCUGGGGCUUCCUCGUGUUCAGUUAGUGCCCCGGUCAAUCCUUGGGAAUCCUUGGCACCUCUUCCGGUAUCCCUACACUCAGCCAGGAGUCAUGUCUUGGGCCGCCCGCCCGCCCUUCCUCCCCCAGCGGCAUGCCGCAGGGCAGUGUGGGCCGGUGGGGGUGAGAAAAGAAAUGCAUUGUGGGGUCGCGUCCCGGUGGCGGCGGCGGCGGCCCUGGCUGGAUCCCGCGGCGGCAGCAGCGGCGGCGGCAGCCGGAGAACAACAAACCCCGGAGCCGGAGCCGGGGGAGGCUGGACGGGACGGGAUGGGCGACAGCGGGCGGGACUCGCGAAGCCCAGACAGCUCCUCCCCCAACCCCCUUCCCCAGGGGAUCCCUCCCCCUUCUCCUCCUGGACCACCUUUGCCACCUUCAGCACCUCCACCUCCAAUGCCACCACCCCCACUGGGCUCCCCCUUCCCAGUCAUCAGUUCUUCCAUGGGGUCCCCUGGUCUGCCCCCUCCAGCUCCCCCAGGAUUCUCCGGGCCUGUCAGCAGCCCCCAGAUUAACUCAACAGUGUCGCUCCCUGGGGGUGGGUCUGGCCCCCCUGAAGAUGUGAAGCCACCAGUCUUAGGGGUCCGGGGCCUGCACUGUCCACCCCCUCCAGGUGGCCCUGGGGCUGGCAAACGGCUAUGUGCAAUCUGCGGGGACCGAAGUUCAGGCAAACACUAUGGGGUUUACAGCUGUGAGGGCUGCAAGGGCUUCUUUAAGCGUACUAUCCGUAAGGAUCUGACCUACUCAUGCCGUGACAAUAAAGAUUGUACAGUGGACAAGCGCCAGAGGAACCGCUGUCAGUACUGCCGCUAUCAGAAGUGCCUGGCCACUGGCAUGAAGAGGGAGGCGGUACAGGAGGAGCGUCAGCGGGGGAAGGACAAGGAUGGGGAUGGGGAGGGGGCUGGGGGAGCCCCCGAGGAGAUGCCUGUGGACAGAAUCCUGGAGGCAGAGCUUGCUGUGGAGCAGAAGACUGACCAGGGCGUUGAGGGUCCCGGGGGAACCGGGGGUAGCGGCAGCAGCCCAAAUGACCCCGUGACUAAUAUCUGUCAGGCAGCUGACAAACAGUUGUUCACGCUUGUUGAAUGGGCGAAGAGGAUCCCCCACUUUUCCUCCUUGCCUCUGGAUGACCAGGUCAUAUUGCUACGGGCAGGCUGGAAUGAGCUCCUCAUUGCUUCCUUCUCUCAUCGGUCCAUUGAUGUCCGAGAUGGCAUCCUCCUUGCCACAGGUCUUCAUGUGCAUCGCAACUCAGCCCAUUCCGCAGGCGUGGGAGCCAUCUUCGAUCGGUCCCUCUCCAGGGUGCUGACAGAGCUAGUGUCCAAAAUGCGUGACAUGAGGAUGGACAAGACAGAGCUUGGCUGCCUGCGGGCAAUCAUUCUGUUUAAUCCAGAUGCCAAGGGCCUCUCCAACCCUGGCGAGGUGGAGGUCCUUCGAGAGAAAGUGUAUGCAUCACUGGAGACCUACUGCAAACAGAAGUACCCUGAGCAGCAGGGACGGUUUGCCAAGCUGCUGCUACGUCUUCCAGCCCUCCGGUCCAUAGGCCUUAAGUGUCUAGAGCAUCUGUUUUUCUUCAAGCUCAUUGGUGACACCCCCAUUGACACCUUCCUCAUGGAGAUGCUUGAGGCUCCUCACCAGCUGGCCUGAGCCCACACCCACAUGUGGGCUUCUCACACUUGAGGGGUGCCAUCCAAGAAGACUCGGAGCCUGGGCCAGGGUGGGAGGCCCCAUGUGCCCAGACAGAACUUCAAGGCCUGGAACACAGAGCAAAACCAACACCUCAAAGGAGAUCUGUCAACCCUCCAAGGGGUUUGCUUGAUAGCUCAAGUCAGAGGGGACCCCAGGUCCCUCUGAGGACUGGACAUUUCCUUUCAGUGACUUUGAGUCUCUGAACUUGUUGGGGUCUCCAAUGAUUUGGGGUGAUUUCUCACUCUCAUCCCUCCCCCAGCACAAAGCACUGAUCCCAUUCCUGGGAUCCUGUUUCCUUCUCAUUUUGCUUCACUCCCAUGUGAAGUGGAAAUGGGGAACUCCCCCCUGAAAUGGAUGUUGGGGGGCGGGCCCCCCAGAACUGAUGGACAUGGAAGUAAGGCUCUGACAAGCUUUCUUCCUUCCAAACCUGGCAGUUGGGGACAAAGAGGGAGCCUGUCACUGUCUUCUGUCCAGAGUCCUCUUUCAUACUUUGCCUCCUACAGUCAGACUGAAAAAUAAAAAGGUGGUGGUGGUUAAAGGGCUGGUGGAGAUGUAGGAACCAAUCUGCUAUUUUUAAUUUCCUCAGAGGAUAGAGACUUGCAGUUAGACUCAAAGAAGUACUGUACUUUCCCAGGUUGACUAAGAGAUGCCAGUGGUGGAGGUUGGUAUUUAGGCAAGGCAGGGUGCUGAGGUGGUCUGUUCCUGGGCUUUCCAAGCACUGGCCUUCUCCACCCUUCGGCCUUCAUGUCUAGCUUGGGGAAGGGGUCUGGGCUGUGAUGACAGGGCCUGGCUGGCUGGUUUGGUGGGUGUAGUCCCUGGGGCCCUUCCCUUCAUAACUUUCCUCCAGUUCUGGGCACACAGCAUAGGCUUGGGAUAGGGAUCCUGGCCUGAGAAUUGAGGGGCGAUGGCCAGUCUGCAGAGACGGAGUGCUGGGGCUGCAUGAUUUUUGCCUUGCAUCUCCUCUUUGGGGUCCUUUCCCCUCUUUCACUCGCACAUAAAAUCGCUUUCAAAUUAAAAUCGCUGUUUUCUGGACUGAGAUGACUAUAGAGGUGGGCAGCGCCCAUCAGCUUGGU